UUGAUAGUUUAACAGUAUCUCACUUUUUACAAUAUGGGACUUUCAAGUCCUUUCUUUUAGCAUGACUUCAUUUUUUUAAUGUUUACAUCUUGUAUACAUUUAAAUAGUUAUGUUAUUAUGUCGCAAAUUUGAAUUUGACGUGAGAUCUAGUGACUACUUGAGUAGACAUUACGAUUGAAAAUGGUUGGCAACAGUGAGUUAGUCGUUAACUUUGUCUGUCCAGGCAGAUAGCAUACAGUGGGUUUAUCAUAGCUUUUUUGCUUCAAACAAAUUAGGCUGAUGAGAGCUGAGAGACUGAACCAAAAUGGCAGAGUUGAGGGCCAGAAAACCAAAACAAUGAGAUGCUAAAACUGAGCCAACGGAAACAGUAGAGUUGGAUUUCCUGUGGGUUUGUCACUACGAGCGACUUUUCUUUUUCCCUUUCACAUUUGAGUAGUUGGUACAAUGAUUACAAUGCUUCUUUUCUGUAGAAGCAUAGAUCACGAGUGCUUGAAUGACUUGACAGGCAUAAAUAAGUCAUGUGGGUCACAGGUGUGACAUGGUAUUGUUAAGACCUACUGUUAUUGCAGUCUUUUAUAAUACCUUUACACAGAAAGUAAAAGCACAUGAAACAUGCUUUAGCUGAACAUAGCCCCUACAGCGUAUAGUCUAGUAAAGAGUUUAUGUGGGGAUAAUCCUUUCUGCGGUUUUGGAUUUAAACCACAAUACCUUCCACGCCAGAACUCAAGAGGGUCCUUGUACAGAGAAUGAGGGAUCACAUCAGAAAACGAUCAAAGAGCUCCUAAGCGCCCACCCUUGCGGGGAAACAGAGGCAGAGGAAUGUAAAGUCACAGAGGUCAGUUACGUCAUUCCCCUGGCCAAACACUCCUGCGAAUAUCGUGCGACAGAGAGAGAUUUCUUGGAUCGUCGUGGGAGCAGCAUGACAAAAAACAGGCUUGGUGGCAUUCCCUGUUUGCAGUCACAGCAUCAUUUGUCCCACACACUGAGAACAGAGUUACCUGCAACGCCCUGGCAGGUGCUGUUUUUCCAGGAUUUUAACAAACAACGUUAUUAGUCAUCGUCAUCAUCAUCCCUGGUCUCUUGUCAACAGCCUUCCUAAGAGGGUGUGGGAGUGUGAUGACGGGGUCUGCUGCUGAUGACCUGGGACACAGUGGGAAGGAGAGAGUGUUGACCAGAUCGCUGUACAGGAAUGUGGCUAAGCUGUGGGGAGUGGUGGAUCAGCCCAGUGUGACCAGGAGCACAAACUGAGGAACGUUUAACUACACUUACUGUGCUUUGUUCGUGGAAGGCCACGUUGCCAUAAGCCUCCAUGGACAUGCUGCAGGACUCCAGUCACACCAUGUGGGGUCUGAACGCCCGCUUGAAGGGCUUCCUGGAGCAGGUUAACAGGCUGCAGGAGACCAACCAGCGGCUGGAGGCUCAGAUAGGCGACUGGGUCAUCAGAAGCACCUCACGCUCCCGGGACUGGUCCCAGCAGGAACAGAAUGUCAAGGAGCUCCGUGUCCAGGUUGGUGACAUGCUGAUGGAGAAUGCCCAGCUGGCGUUACAGUCUGACAGCAUGAAGUCCAGAGCUGCUGCCAUCCAGGCCAGGUGUGAGACGGAGGAGAAGAACACCAGGCAUCUGGAGCAACAGGUGGCUCUGCUCAGGGAGUCAAAGAGGAAGGCGGAUCAGAGCAGCACGACGCUGCAGGCAGACCUUCGCCGCUCCGUGACAGAUCUGCAGGAGAUGCACCACGAGUUUGAGGCAGCCCGGGCUCUGCAGCUGCAGCGGGCCGGCUCCUGCGAUGCUCUGUUAGCGACGGCCACAGCAGCAGCAGCAGCAGGAGGAGAGGAGGAGGAGGAUGGCACAGGGAUGGAGCUCACCCAGCUCCUUGACCGAAUCAGAGCGGCGCAGUGCAACCAGGCCAGACUUCCCGGCCUGGGCGAGAGACACCUCGGCCUGCUGGGUGCUGUGUCAAAUCCACUUCCAGGCCCGGUCGGGCCCAGUCGCUCUGGAGCAGCAGCAUCCAGAACACACGGAGGAGUUCUCAGUGAGGAAGAGGCAGCGUGGAUGCAGGUGAGCCUCGGCGGCGCUGCCCUGAGGGAGGCCCGGGCCGAGUUAGCUGAGGCCAGGAGGCAAUGGCACUCUCUGCAGGUGGAGAUUGAGACCCUACAUGCCUUGGAGAAAGGCCUGGAGAGCUCCCUGCAGAGCACCCAGCAUCUGUACUCCAGCCAGCUGCAGGAUCUUUCCCAGGUGAUCACCGGGCUGGAGAGCGAGCUGGAACAGGUGAGGAGCGGCCUGGCAACCCAACGCCAGCGCCACAGCCAGCUGCUCAACACCAAGAUGAGGCUGGAGCGGGAGAUCGGCACUUACCGACGUCUGCUGGAGCGCGAAGAGGGCAGGUACAUGGGCCGAAAUGGGCAACCAAUGAGUCUGCGGCCCUGGAGGUCUUCCACGGAGGAGUCCAAAGAGAACAGGCUAGAGAACGGCUUCAGUGACCCUGCUGUUACUCCGGACGAACCAAAGUCUGAGCCCCUGCCUGAAAUACCUCCACUCCUCCCAGCAGACAGUGGGCUAAAGAGAAGCAUACUGCGUAGACAGCAAAGCCUUGUGAUACUCACAGAGCCAGAAAAAGAUAAAGACUUGCCACUCUCCACUGUGAAGACUCAGGAGAUUCUUCAGGGCAAUGUGGUGCGGGAGAGUGCUGUGGGUCACGGCACCAUUGAGACAGAGAAGAUUGACAAGGUGAUAAAGCAGUGGGAGGGCUCCUUCUUCAGAGGGAAUCCCAAACUGCGGAAGAAGUCGGUGUCGUUGCGCUUUGACCUGCACAUGGCUGCGGCCGACGAGGGGUGUGCCCAGACCAAACAGGACAGCCUCCCCGACGUGGAGGUGCGUCUGAUCAUGAAGAGAUCUCGCAGCAUCUCGGCUAUCACUCAGUGACUCUUACCGGUUCGCCAGAGUCAAGUUUGAGGUUACACUGGUGAUGUUAUAGAAUAUAACAGCUGUGUCAUUGACUUUUGGGAUAUUAUACCAACCAUUAUCAUCAUGCUUAAUAUGUAUUUUCAAAAUCACAACAUUUUAUUGACCUUUGCAUCACAACUGAUGACUGAUUCUCUCAUCAAAUCUGGAUUCCCGCAGGAUAAACAUUACCCAUCAGGCUUCUGUGCUGAUCUAAUGGGGCCAUUUUUAUAGUGUCAGAAAACCAUCAUCAAAUAUAUCAGACCUACAUCCAUCACCUUACAGAGGAUAACAGUUUGAUCUGUAAACAUAUUUCUUCAUCUUCACUCUAGAUGAAGAAGAAGUGUCUCUCAGUACUGUCAUUGUUUCAGUAUGAGGGUCACUGGACAAGAGAUUAUGGCGAUCAUAUGACUCUGCUUAACUACAGCAUUUAAUUAACACACAACAUACAGGAGGCUGAGUGCACAGAUAGAUGGAGAUAGAUGGAGAUAGAUGGAGGCGAGUCACAGAUAACUAUGAGCUGCUGUGAACUAUGUAAAGGUGGAUUUCUUUUGUAUUUUUUCUUUAAGAGACUGUGCGGAAAUUAUUGGGGGGGGGCAGAAAAGGAUUAUGGGUUUUUUUAUUAGUAAUUGAAUGUUAUCCCUCUAGUUAGCACUUAAUUUGUCACUUUCCAAUAACAGCUCCCACCUUCACUUUAUUCUGCAUCUAAACAGAAAGCAGCACUACAGUAAAGUAGAAUGUGUAAAAAAAAAAAUCUUACACAAUCUUAAAUUCUUUGUGCACUUUUUUUUAUUAAUAGCAAAAAUAAUUGUAACAAUUCAAUAGAGCUAUAUUACUUUAAUAUUUUGUGGGGAGGGUGUUGCAAGGGUCCAGUGAAAAUAUUAAUAAUUCUGAAGAAGGUCGUGCUUAUUUAAAAAAAAAUUCCCCCCCAUUCCCACCCUAUUAAUUUCCCUACAGUACCUAAAUGCUUGCACUGCACACACACACACACACACAGCACUUAGAAGAACAUCAGCACUGAGAGAUAUCCAGGUUGUGUGCACUUUGAGGGUAUUUCAUCGAUGCAGUUCAUUCUCUUUGUGGAGAAAAAAAAUCUUGCAACUCAGCUGAUAAUGUAGCUAUAUUUCAUGAUGCAUUAUCGCAAAAAAAAACAAAAAACAGCUCACUGUGAUGUUAACAGCAGUGAGGCUCUCAACACUCACCGUGUCUCAGAGAAUUUAGAUUCCCUGUCUUAACCAGAGGAGGGCAGUAUUUGUAAAUAGUUAACACUGCAGUGUAUCUUCAAUGCUCAACUCGGGUUGUGUAUCUGUUACACCUUAGAUUAAGAGUUUUUAUGCAACAUUUUGAGUUGGCACCAAAGAUGUUAAAAUAAGAAAAAGGAUCAUUGUGCAUUGUAUUUGGGUGCCUCAGAAUAUAUAUUCUAUUUAAAGAUAUUAUCUAUGCAGUUCUGUGCUUGGUUUUGCUUUGCUUCAUGAAGCACACUUCAUUUGGGGAGCUCUGUAACUUCAGAAUGAAGCAUUAUGCUUUUAUCUAACAAUUUAUCAUUUAAAAUAAAAUAAAAAAAUGUGCA